CUUGAGUGGUUCAAAACAGAGUUAAUUUUUGAAUCUAUUCGUAGAUAACAUUUUUAGAUUAGAAAAUUAAUUAGGAAGCUGUAUUUUAGUCUCGUCCUUACCUUUAAAAUGAUGACACAAAGAGUUUUAAGAAAGAUGUUUUUAUCAUGUUCGGGGUCUAAGAGUUAUAUUAUUAUGAAUUAUAGAAUGAACUUCUCCACUGAGGAGAAAGAUGAUAAAUAUAAGUUUAAGAUAUUUAAAGACGAAGAUUCUCCUGUUAUUCUUGAUAUGGAAGAGGAAUUAGCUGAACUUGAUAAAAGAUCUAAAAUUAAAAUAAUUUCUAGAAAACAUAAGGUUGAUGAAAAAAUUUUGACAAGAGGUGUUACUGGAGUAUUUGAAAUCCAGGAGUUGGUACAUUAUUUGAAAGAAGACAAUGCUAAAGAUAUAUUUGUAGUUAAAGUUCCAACAGAAUUAAAAUAUGUGGAUUACUUUGUGGUAGUUUCUGGAAAAUCUCAGCGUCAUAUUUUAGGACUUGCAGAAUAUAUUCGAAAAAUAUUUAAAAGAAAAAUGCAUUCUUCUGAUAUACUUCCUGUAAUUGAAGGAAAAUAUUCUUCCGAUUGGAUUGCCAUGGACUUAGGUAACAUUGCACUCCAUAUUAUGUCUAGUAAUGCCAGAAAGAGGUAUGAUUUAGAAUCACUUUGGACUUUGGGUUCUCAGUAUGAUUUUAAAACCAACCAACAUGAUGAACUCAAUGAAUUCAUUAAAAGUUAUUCUAUAAAUCUGGACAGUUUAGGACCUGUACCAUCAGUAGUUUGAUUUCUCUUAUUAUAAAAAUUACAAUAAUUAUUUGUAAAUAACCUGCUGUGAUACUUUAGUUUAUU